ACGACACAAGCGGUCGAUUCUAUUUUUGUCAGUUCACAAGAAACCAAUCAGAAAACUACGUCAUCCUUAUUUUGGCAGAUUUCUUUUGCAUUUAUAGCUAAUUGUUAUGAAGCAAAAUGGCACAGAAAUUGGUACCUGUAAGAGAAUAUAACCAGACAGUUUUAGACAACUUAGAAGAAGGAGACUUAGUGGAGUUCCCAAGGGGACGCAUUUACUCACACUGGGGAGUUUAUAUUGGUAAUGAAGAAAUCAUACAUUUAGCAGGUGAUGAAAAUGAUGGAAUAAAUGGAAAUGUUGAUUCUGGUCACCUGUUUACUGUUUGUGGUAGACAGUUUAACAAAGCUAAUGUGAAAAUUGAUAACUUUUGGGACGUAGUGGGCACCAGUAAGGCCAAGAAAAAUAAUGACAAAGAUAAAAAGUGCAAAGCAUUCCCACCAAAUGAAAUAAUUGAAAGAGGAAAGUCAAGGUUAGGAUCAAUACCUUAUAAUGUACUAUGGAGCAAUUGUGAACAUUUUGCUGCUUGGUGUAGAAAUGGAGAAAACUGGUCUCAACAGGCUGAUAGUUUCUUACAAUGGGUAAUGGGCAUUGGUGCUGCAGUUGUUGUUGGUGGAAUGGCUUAUGCUGGAUAUUCUGAAUCAAAGAAGAAGAAAGAAGAUACACAACAGCCCUUAUAGACCCCAGACAAUAUGCAUCAUUUAUUUCAUUUAGAUUGAUUAAUAUUAUUCAUGUUUAAAUAUAAGAUAUGUUGAAUGAUGUCUGGCAACUGCAAAAUGUUAUUUUUUGGUACCUUGUAUUUUUGGUUUGGGGUAUCAUAUCAUUGAUAUUGAAAUUUACCAUAUAUUUUAUUCAAAAUGUACAUGUUUUCAAUUCAAAAAAAGGCAGUAUCUCAUUUGACACUUAUAUACCUUACAUAUGUACUUAAUGUAUGUGAUCUUCAAAACACAUUUAAAGCUUUUAUCAGCCAUUGUACAGUGAAAUAUCAAAUGCACUUUUUAUGAAAUAGUAAAAAAAAUAGCAAUAGUUAAUCUCCAUUUUGUAUUAGACAAUUAUUAGAAGGGGAGACACACUUUUUUUACCAAACACUAUCUUUAAUAUAUUCAAUUCUGAUUUCUUUUGAUUUUAAAGAUUUUUAUUUUUUUUGUUCCUUAGUUUUGCAAAAUAAGUAUAUUCAGAACUAUAAACCAACUUAUUUGUUCAUAUCUAUUCAACCCUACCUACACAAAUACCUUAAUUUUGUCAUGUAUCCAGUGUGUGAAACCGUUUUUUUUUCUUACUCGCCAAAUUGGGAACAGCUUUUCAUUUUUACUUACCAAAUUGAAAUUCCACUUGCCAGCUUAGCUAGUGACUUACUUUUGGGACUUGCCGUGACUUUUCAAUACAUAAUUUUUGUAUGUAUUAAAAGAUAUUAUUCCAAGUCUACUUUAAUACAAAAUGUAUGAACAUAUGUUUAUUUUUUUUAAAUCUAUAACUAGCAACUUGACAAUUUAAAUUACUAUUUACACAUAUAGUAGUCUCAGUUAUACAUGUUAUAAGGGAGCAAUCUGUGUUAUCUUUCGAUUAACUGGGGAGGUUGGUAUCAUAUAGCUUUUCACCACAAGUCAAAAGUUAUUUUUUAUGUCAUGACCAGACAUUAUAAUAAUAACAAAUAACAAAUGCUGGAGUUAUUGAGCAGCCUCUUGAAAAAUUACACUAUGUGUACAAUUUCUGCACCAAAGGCUUUUUUAUGUUUUGUUUCUAGUUUUGCUUUUCUUUUUAGUUCCUUUCAUUUUUUAAUUAUUCUAAGCUAAGCCCUAAAAACUUGUCCAUAUUGAAAUUACUAUUUCAAAAUUUGCCACCAGAAUGUCCAGAUUGAACUUGUUGAACAUUCAGAGAAGUUUAAAAAAUGUCCUGUCCAUCCUGUAUUUCUCUUUAAAUAAACAUAAAUGCACCAUAGGAAGGUAAACAUAUUAUAAAAUUUUUUGUUUGUCACCCAUUGAUACCACACUCUAUGAAUAAAACAUUUAUUUCAGUCACAUCAACAAAUGAAAUCAGUGUGGUCGGGGUCAUAUUAUAAGUUUUAGCAUGCUACUUCAAUGAAGUGUCAAGGUUGUCAUAAUAAUGUUUUAGUUUGCCUAUUGUGAUUAAUAAAUUGUUAAGGAGCUAGGAAUAUCAUUGUCUAGUAACACUCCACAUUGAAAUUGGUUCAACAGACUAAAAAUUCGUCAACCUUUGAUAAUUUAAGGCCUGGCAACUGUCAAAAUACUUCAACUGGCCAGGGAAAUAUCACUCGCCACAUUGGCGAGUUCUCAACUAUCAGUGCUCGCUAUAUACAUUUCUGACUCGCCUUUGGCGAGUUAGCGAGCAGAGGUUUCACACACUGUGUAUCACAUUUAUGUAAGGGCUAUAGGGAAAUUGUUCCAAUUGAGAUAUUUAUUCCUUUAUUCAAUCAUUGACAUAGAUUUAAUUCCCAAUUAACGUCGAAUGACGUAAUAUAACGUCAGCAAAAACUUUAUACUUUGACAGAAAGAUUACGAUUGGAAUCAAGCGUAUUGUACAUGAAGUUUAGAAAGGUAGUAAAAUUGAAAGGUAAUAUCAAAGCUUAUCCUGAUAUGCAAAAUGGGUAUAACGCCAUUAAAAUAAUUAAUAUUUACUUGUAGAGGAAAUUUGUUUUUUUUGGAUAAAAUUGGAACUUAUUUUCAGUAAUCGAUUAACACUUGGGAAUAUUUUCAAGAAUGAGGCAUAAGUAUUAAAAGCAAAUUGAUCAUUGAAACUUGAAUUCAGCAAAAAAAAGUCUGUACACUUUAUAUGACUUGAUAUUUGUUUACCUGCAUUUUCACCUUCAGAGGUUGACAGGUAUGUUAAUAUUAUGAUUCUACAUGAAGUAAAGUGUAUGAAAUAAGGUUGUUUGAUAAAUAUGUAAAUUUUUCAGGGCAUCUUUUUGUUUUCAAUGAAACUGUUUAAGUAUUAAAGAAUUGUGCACACUUUAUUUAUUUAUGCUGUUAUAUUAAUUUUAUUUUAAAAAUUUAUGGAAAGUUGUAUAUGUAUACAUGCCUAUCUGUGAUUAAAGUUCAACACUUAUUUUAAUGAAGAAUUUUGUUAAAUACCUCAGCUGUUUGUUAUUUUGAAUUCUUAUUUUGAUGUAAUGAUCCGUUCUACAAAUGAAACAAUUAUAUUUAACAUAUUAGCAUAUGAAUUUAUUAUAUUAAUACCCAAGACAUAAAGGCUAACUGCAUUAUCUCCACUUGUCCCGUUUUGCAUAUUUUCAUCCUUGACAUGCCAUUUUCUUCACAGCCUUUUUUCUCAACAUAUCAGUGCUGCUUUGGUACAAAGCAUGUCCUUUGGUGUCUAAGAUAGAAAGGUUCACUGAGCUCUUCAACAGUUUUUUUGCUAAAUACAAAAAAGUUAAUAUUUUCAGACAUUGAUCUAUUAUUGUUUUAUACUGCUGCUAUGAAAUUCUACAACCAUGACUAUUAUUGUCACUAAAGUGUGAACAAACAAAAAAGCCUUAUUUUCUGUCCCAAAAUAAGCCUCUUAAGGAGUGAGGUUAAAAUUGGCCCUCAGAUUUUGAUGUUUUUUUAAUCAGGACAAAAUACUACAAAUUUCACCUAGAAAUAGUUGUGAUAUUACUAUUAAUACAAAAUAACUUUAUUUUGGCACAUCACAUUAAAAAUGACAUUCAAUGUCAUCAUUGGCAACUUUUGGUUACAGAACAUUUUUGAUCAUAGUUUGUGGCCAAGGGUUUCCUCAAGCUUUUAGUUCUGAAAAAUGCACAAAAUCAUUCUUUUUGACAAUAUAUCCACUUAAAAACCAAAUUAUGGCCAUUUUGAAAUUUUAUGACAAAGUUGAAACUCAAGGCCAUAUUUGGCCUAAAGUGAACCUUGUCCUUUGAAUGAAGGUAAUUAACAUUGUCAAGAUUGCACAAAAUAUAACUAUGUUACUAUAUUUGGAAAUAAGACAACAUAAAGUGAUCUUGUUGUAGUAUAAAAGACUUUAAUUGCAUUUUCCCAAGAAACUACAGGUUAUUUACUUGUACCAAACAUCAUUUUGUAAAAUAAUAUUGCUUAUUUUGAUUGGGCUUUUGUUUAUUCUUUUAUGAAUGUGUCAUAUGAUUUUUAACUUUACAAUUAAUUUUGUGUAAUACUUCUUAAUAACGAUAAGAAUAAAUUUGGUUUGAAAUCAGUGAGAAGAUGACCUUGGUAAAUGAUGAAUUGGAAUCAUUUUAUAGUAUAUUGGCAGUGCCAAGCAUAUACAUUGUACUAUAUUCCAAACAAAACAGCACUUAUUUAUUUAAAAAGACUUAACUAUUAUUCUAUCAAUGUGACUGGAGUCUGACAAGUUUUAUCAGAAUUGAAGUGGAAUCUACCAGGUAUUUUGGACCUAAGAUAGGAUUUGUUUGUUACAAUUAUUGUUCACUACUACCAUUAAUAUACUAUAUAAUGUUUCUUUGACUAUUUAUUUUGCUAAUUUUCUUUAUUCAAUGUUUUGGUAUAUGGGACUCACUUAGUUCAAACCACUUGAUUCCAGACUGACAUAUAAAAAGAAAAUUAGGAAGGAUAUAUAAAUAUGUUAUUUAUUUACAAAAAAAAAGUAUCUAUGUAUGAAAUGUUAUUGUGUUUCUAUUGUAGUUUUUUUAAUAAACUUUUGUUUGUUUAA